AUGCGUGAAGGCCUUUACCUGAAGACGAAGCACGGUGAGUCCACUGUCGGGCAUCUGGAACCUGAGGAGACCGUGGUGCUGCAGUGGAUAGCGGAGGCGUGGGAUCAAGUCCCUAGGCAGGUGAUCAUUGACGCGUUCCGCCACUGUGGCAUCUCAAGCAAGCUGGAUGGGACCGAGAACCAUCUAGUGAUGUCCCACCUGCGCGCGAGGAGCACCACCGAUGUCACCGAAGACAUGUGCCUCGGGGGCACCACAGGCGACAACACGCGCCUGCUUGGGAAGGCCCCCGAGGAGGGGGAGGAGGAGGAGGAGGAGGAGGAGGAGGAGGAGGAGGAGGAGGAGGAGGAGGAGGAGGAGGAGGAGGAGGAGGAGGAGGAGCAGCUGCAGGCGGAGGGCGUCAGGGAGGUGGGCGCGGCAACCGGCCUGGAUGUGCUGUACCAGGAGACCCCCCACUACCGGGGAGCGGCGGCGGAGGCUGACCGCAUGAUCGAGCCCGUGCAGACGGCCCGGCACGCCUGGCGAGUGCCAGACUUGGGGAUUCAGGAGCCUGCAUCUGCUAGUGCAGAUGAGGAGGGCGUCACCUAG